AUGGGGAAUAGAUUAUCAGAACAACAGACCUUCCUCUCAAGAAUCCCCUUUUUUCAGUCAUUCCAUAUCGCCAUUUUGGGACUGGACUCUGCAGGUAAAACAACUGUCCUGUACAGGUUGCAGUUCAAUGAGUUUGUCAACACAGUGCCCACCAAAGGCUUCAAUGCAGAAAAGGUCAAUGUGUCUUUGGGUGGCCACAGGACGGUGACCUUCCAUUUCUGGGACGUGGGUGGACAAGAGAAGUUGCGUCCAUUGUGGAAGUCAUACACACGCUGUACCGAUGGAAUUGUAUUCGUGGUGGACUCUGUAGAUGCCGAACGCAUGGAGGAAGCUAAAACGGAGCUCCAUAAGAUCGCCAAGACCGGAGACAACCAGGGAGUGCCACUGCUGGUGGUGGCUAACAAGCAAGACCUGAGGCACUCUCUGAGCCUGGCGGAGAUUGAAAAGGCGCUAGCAUUGAAGGAACUGGGCCCUGGCACGCCUUGGCACCUGCAGCCCACUUGUGCCAUCAUAGGAGACGGACUGAAAGAUGGCAUGGAGAGACUCCAUGAUAUGAUCCUUAAACGGAGAAAGAUGCUCCGCCAACAGACGAGAAAGAGAUGAUCAAGGAGUGAACUGAAUCUCUUGUUUUAAAUGAAGGACAAAAGGAGGUGUUCUCGCACCUGGGUGGAUAUAGGAAUUCUCCCAUAGGCUCGGCACACUGAGUUUUAUCAGUCAAUGUUAAACUGUAGGUUCUCGUGUCUCAGACAGCAGUCUCUUGCUUCAUCUUCAGUAUUUGUUGUUUUUUAGUGGUUGAGAAAGCACUGUGAAGGUAAAGGAUUUGGUGUUUAUGAUUUUAUAUAGGAAUUUGUAAGUUGUUGUUACAAAGAAUGGUUUUGAUCCUUGGUAUUAGACCAUUAGUAAUGGCUACUUCAAAAAUGACAAGUUUGACGAAGAACAGAAAAUAAGUCACUUUUCUCUACAAAGGUUAGUGGGAGGACAACAAACGUGGUCUUCCUCAAAGGGAACUUUUGAACCUUGUAAAGAGUGCCUAAGCUACUUUUAAAUGUUGUACCUUUUUGUAUAUUUUUUUACAUGUUUCUUUCCUUCUCAAAAGGAAGUUACAGUCUUGUGCUUUUUGUCUGUCUAGUGUACCUCUACUGUCUGUUUGUUAAUGCACUUUAGAUGACCUUUUUUGAUGAUGGAGUUUACAGCCUUGAGGUUUCCCAAUAGAGCUUAUUACACAAAGAGUUUAGUUGCUUCAAAAGAAGUAAACUGUACUGGAUCCCUAUUGGCCACAUGGACAAUAGAUGGGAUAUGUUUCAUGUUUUCAUCUAUAAUAAAAACCUCUUUGCCGCA